CGAGGCGCCGGGAGGCGGCGGCGGCGGCGGCCCGACCCGGCCCCAUGGCGCGGGGGGACGCUGGCCGCGGCCGCGGGCUCAUCGCGCUGACCUUCUGCCUGCUGGCCGCGCGCGGAGAGCUGCUGUUGCCUCAGGAGUCGACUGUAGAGCUGAGCUGUGACGUGGGGCCGCUGCGUGUGAUCUUGGGCCCAGAGCAAGCUGUAGUGCUGGACUGCAGUCUGGGGGCUGCUGCUGCUGGACCCCCCACCAGGGUGACGUGGAGCAAGGACGGAGACGCCCUGCCAGAGCUUGAUCACCUGCACCUACUACCCAAUGGCUCCCUAUGGCUGUCCCAGCCACUAGCACCUGAUGACAGUGACGAGGCAGCCUCUGAGGCCUUGGGGGUCAUUGAAGGCAGCUAUUCCUGCCUGGCCCAUGGUCCCCUCGGAGUGGUGGCCAGCCAGGCUGCUGUGGUCAAGCUUGCCAUGCUCGAGGACUUCUCUCUGCACCCGGAGCCUCAGAUGGUAGAGGAGAAUGGGACAGCUCGCUUUGAGUGCCACAUUCAAGGGCUGCCAGACCCUGUCAUUACUUGGGAGAAGGACCAGGUGACAUUGCCUGAGGAGCCUCGGCUCAUCAUGCUUCCCAAUGGUGUGCUCCAGAUCCUGGGUGUUCAGGAGAACGACACAGGCUCCUACCGCUGCGUGGCCAUCAAUUCAGCCCGCCAGCGCUUCAGCCGGGAGGCCUCGCUCAUCGUGGCCCACAGAGGGUCCCUGGCGGCCACCAGGGGGCAGGACGUGGUCAUCGUGGCGGCCCCGGAGAAUACCACCGUGGUAUCUGGGCAGAGUGUGGUGAUGGAGUGUGUGGCCUCGGCUUACCCCACCCCUUUUGUGUCCUGGGUCCGACAGGACGGGAAGCCCAUCUCCACCGAUGUCAUCGUGCUGGGCCGCACCAACCUGCUCAUCGCCAGCGCUCAGCCCCGGCACUCUGGUGUCUACGUCUGCCGAGCCAACAAGCCCCGCACUCGCGACUUCGCCACCGCCGCCGCGGAGCUCCGCGUGCUGGCUGCACCUGCUAUCUCUCAGGCGCCAGAGGCGCUGUCGCGGACACGGGCGAGCACCGCGCGCUUCGUGUGCCGCGCGACUGGGGAGCCCAAACCAGCGCUGCGCUGGCUGCACGACGGGGCGCCGCUGAGGCCCAAUGGGCGCGUCAAGGUCCAGGGUGGCGGUGGCAGCUUGGUCAUCACGCAGAUCGGCCUGCAGGAUGCUGGCUACUACCAGUGCGUGGCGGAGAACAGCGCGGGAACUGCGUGCGCCGCCGCGCCGCUGGCGGUGGUGGUGCGCGAGGGACUGCCCAGCGCCCCCACUCGGGUUACCGCCACACCGCUGAGCAGCUCCGCUGUACUAGUGGCCUGGGAGCGGCCCCAGCUGCACAGUGAACAGAUCAUUGGUUUCUCCCUCCACUACCAGAAGGCACGGGGCAUGGACAAUGUGGAAUACCAGUUUGCAGUGAACAAUGACACCACAGAGCUACAGGUUCGGGACCUGGAACCCAACACAGAUUAUGAGUUCUACGUGGUGGCCUACUCCCAGCUGGGGGCCAGCCGCACCUCCACCCCAGCACUGGUGCACACCUUGGAUGACGUCCCCAGUGCAGCGCCCCAGCUUGCCCUGUCCAGCCCCAACCCCUCGGACAUCAGGGUGGCGUGGCUGCCCCUGCCCCCCAACCUGAGCAAUGGGCAGGUGGUGAAGUACAAGAUAGAGUACGGUUUGGGAAAGGAAGCAGAUCAGAUUUUCUCCACUGAGGUGCCAGGGAACGAGACUCAGCUUAUGCUAAACUCCCUUCAGCCAAACAAGCUGUACCGUGUGAGGGUGUCGGCGGGCACUGGGGCCGGCUACGGGGCCCCCUCACCAUGGAUGCAGCACAGGACACCCAGCGUGCACAACCAGAGCCAUGUCCCUUUUGCCCCUGCAGAGUUGAAGGUCCGGGCAAGGAUGGAGUCUCUGGUCGUGUCAUGGCAGCCACCCCCUCACCCCACCCAGAUCUCUGGCUAUAAACUGUACUGGCGGGAAGUGGGGGCCGAGGAGGAAGCUGGUGGUGACCGCCCCCCAGGGAGCCGCGGAGACCAGGCUUGGGACGUGGGGCCUGUCAGGCUCAAGAAGAAAGUGAAGCAGUAUGAGCUUACCCAACUAGUCCCUGGCCGGCUGUACGAGGUGAAGCUUGUGGCGUUCAACAAAUACGAGGAUGGCUACGCAGCAGUGUGGAAGGGCAAGACGGAGAAGGCACCCACGCCAGACCUACCCAUCCAGAGGGGGCCGCCCUUGCCCCCCGCCCACGUCCAUGCAGAAUCAAACAGCUCCACGUCUAUCUGGCUCCGGUGGAAAAAGCCAGACUUCACCACAGUCAAGAUUGUCAACUACACGGUGCGCUUCAGCCCCUGGGGGCUGAGGAACGCCUCCCUGGUCACCUAUUAUACCAGCUCUGGAGAAGACAUCCUCAUUGGCGGGCUGAAGCCUUUUACCAAGUACGAGUUUGCGGUGCAGUCUCAUGGAGUGGAUGUGGACGGGCCUUUUGGCUCUGUGGUGGAGCGCUCCACCCUGCCUGACCGGCCCUCGACGCCACCGUCUGACCUGCGCCUGAGCCCUCUGACGCCAUCCACUGUUCGGCUGCACUGGUGUCCCCCCACGGAACCCAAUGGUGAGAUCGUGGAAUAUCUGAUCCUAUACAGCAACAACCACAGCCAGCCCGAGCACCAGUGGACACUGCUCACCACCGAGGGAAACAUCUUCAGUGCUGAGGUGCAUGGCCUGGAGAGCGACACCAGGUACUUCUUCAAGAUGGGGGCACGCACAGAGGUGGGCCCUGGGCCCUUCUCCCGCCUGCAGGAUGUAAUCACUCUCCAGGAGAAGUUCUCAGACUCCUUGGAUGUGCACUCAGUCACAGGCAUCAUCGUGGGUGUCUGCCUGGGCCUCCUCUGCCUCCUAGCCUGCAUGUGUGCUGGCCUGCGACGCAGCCCCCACAGGGAAGCCCUCCCAGGCCUGUCCUCCACGGCCACAGCUGGGAACCCAGCGCUGUACUCUAGAGCCCGGCUGGGCCCACCUAGUCUCCCUGCUGCCCAUGAGCUGGAGUCCCUUGUGCACCCCCGGCCCCAGGACUGGUCCCCACCACCCUCAGACAUGGAAGACAAGGCUGAAGUGCACAGCCUUAUGGGUGGCAGCAUUUCGGACUGCCGGGGUCACUCCAAGAGAAAGAUCUCCUGGGCUCAGCCAGGUGGGCCAAGCUGGGCAGGUUCCUGGGCCAGCUGCGAGCUGCCCCAGGUGGGCCCCAGGCCUGCUCUGACCCAGGCCCUGUUGCCCCCUGCUGGAACUGGACAGACGCUGUUGCUGCAGGCUCUGGUGUAUGAUGCUAUAAAGGGUAAUGGGAGGAAGAAGCCACCCCCAGCCUGCGGAAACCAGGUGGAGGCCGAGGUCAUUGUCCACUCUGACUUCAGUGCAUCCAAAGGGAGCCCUGACCUCCAUCUCCAAGACAUAGAGCCUCAGGACUCUCUGCCUGCAGAGGCUUCUGGCCUCUCCUCUGGUGUUGUGGAUCUCAGGCCCCAGGCAGACUGGCUAGACAGGGAGCUGGAAGGCUGUGAGCAGACAGCCACUGGACCAGACAGACUUACCUGCUUGCCAGAGGCAGCCAGUGCCUCCUGCCCCUAUCCGGAUCUCCAGCCCAGUGAGGCUCCGGAGGAGGCUUGUGGGAACAGCUGCCAGCCCAAAGCCCCCUGCUCUCCAGGAGCCAGCCCAGGCCUGCCCAGGGUCCCUGUCUCCUCCUCUGCUUAG